AUGGCAGCCUCAACGAUGCAGAGGCCUUAUCCUCCAAUUUACAACACUCCCCAGUCAAAUUCCCCGGCUUCGGUAACUUCGCCUCAAACACAUGAUCAUGGGAGACCAAUGUAUGGACAACCAACUUCGCAGCUAGGCCAACCACUUUAUGGAUAUCCGCAGUAUCCAUCAAUGAAUCAGGUGCACCAGCCACCAUAUGCCUCUCACCAUGCACAGACUCAGCAACAUCAGAUGAAUUCUCAGCCAAUGUUGCCCUAUCAGUCCACGACUCCUCAGCUUUCCCAAGGUCAAGUUACUCCGCAUCAUUCGACAAUCUCGAGCAGCCCAAGACUCAAGUCUGAAGUGAGUCAACAAUACCAACAAGCGCCUCAAGCACGACCAGGGAUGAUUUCUCAGCAACAACAGCAACAACAGCAGCAGCAGCAGCAGCAACAGCAACAGGUUCAGCAACAACCACAGCAGCCCCAACAACAUCAAGGACUUCCUCCAGCAAGUGUUGCUCUUCAGCAAGCCGCACAACAGCACGCCCAGCAAAACCAACAAAACCAGCAGAAUCAACAAGCUCCUAAUGCUCCUCCUAAUUCAAAUGCAGCUCCGGGACCAAUUCCCGCGACGACUCCAUUGGUUGUUCGUCAAGAUGGUAACGGAGUCCAGUGGAUUGCCUUUGAAUAUUCCAGAGAUCGUGUUAAGAUGGAGUAUACAAUUCGCUGUGAUGUCGAAUCUGUGGACGCCAAUGCCUUGUCGCAAGAAUUCAAAUCCGAGAACUGUGUCUAUCCACGUGCAUGUGUGCCAAAAGAGCAGUACAAGGGAAAUCGAUUAGCUUACGAAACCGAUUGCAAUCAAGUUGGGUGGGCAUUAGCUGAAUUGAAUGCCUGUCUUCGAGGAAAGAGAGGGUUGAUUCAGCGAGCCGUCGAUAGCUGGAGGAACAGCAAUCAAGACCCACGAUUGAGAAGCCGACGUGUGAGGCGACAAGCGAAGAUGAACACCCGAUCUAAAUUAUCGACUUCCACCUCGGGUCAGGCACCUGCGUCUGCUGGUUCCGUCUCAGCUGGGCUCCCUGGUCCAAACUCUAUGGCAGCUCCGAGUGCAAGGCCCCCUGGUCCUCUAUCAAAUGCUCCGUCCCAGCUCCUUCAUCACCACCAAGAUGUCUCCCCAACCGGACAAGAGAAUGUUGGAGCUCAAAAUUACAAUACAGCUCCCCACGGUUACCGUCAACCUCCAGGACCACAUCACAUGGCGAGUCCUAACGAUAUUCGCCAAAGUCAUGUAUUCCCUGGUUAUCAGACCUAUCCUGCUGUCCCGACUUCACUGGCCCCUUCUAUGCCCCCAUCCAUGCAAGGCAAUCUACAUCAUCUUGGUCGUCCAGGCGGCAAUGCGACCAUGGUAUCUAAAGACCAUGAAGACAAAGACGAAGAAGAUAACGCACUCUUUGGCGAACUUCCUGAAGGUAAACGACGAAAGUUUAUCUUGGUCGAAGACACUCAGAAGAGCGCUCGUGUCCGAGUCAAGGUAACCCUAGAUCAGAUUGAAAUGAGCGAGAUUCCUGACUCUUAUCGAAAACAAAACUCGGUUUACCCACGUGCCUACUACCCAGUCCAAAUGCAAACUGGGCCCGAAACAACUCGUGGUGACCGCUUCGUGGAAGAGGGUGACGAGGUGGAUGCUGGCCAACCAACAGUGGGCAAAACAAUUGUUUCCGUAUCGACGAGUGAUGGUGAAGCCGAUAUUGGCGUGCCUCAGAUUUCAAAGAGCAAACGCAGCCGUGAGCAGAAGCUCAACGAGUUAGGAUACCGUAUGGCUUGGGGACAAGGUCGAGUGUUCUCAGGUCGUCCCAUCUUCCUUGCUCGAGCUUUGGAUGCCUAUAGGGGUAAGCAACGGAGUGCUCUUCUAGCAGCCGGGCAAGAGUCUUCCACCAUUCCCGCUCAUCUUGAGACACGACCUGGCAAGAGGAAGUGGCAAGAAAGAACAAGUAACGUCACUCAACCAAUGACGCCGCCAACAGCAGCAUCGAACUGA